GCCGGAAGUUGCUUGUACUGACGGAAGUUGGAGAUGGACAAGUUUUGCGAGGACAAGGUGAAAGUGCCGUUUGGGAACAAGUUUCUGGACGCGGCCGUGUGCGUCCCAGCCUCCUCACCUGAGAGUCACGUUACCACUGGAGUCAUCCUCACACAUGGAGCUGGAGGAGACAUGAACUUUAAACAUCUCAUUUCCCUGGCACAUGCUUUGGCUUCAAAUGGCUUCCUUUGCCUGCGUUUCACGUGCAAAGGUUUAAACCUUGCACAUCGAGUCAAGGCUUACCGUGCAGCGUGGCUCUACUUCAAAACAUUGCAUAGUUUGAAGCACAUAUUCUUCGGAGGCCGGUCCAUGGGCUGCCGUGCUGCUGCUGCCCUGGCCAAGCAACUCAGUGAGGAAUUGGACGGCGCUGUUCAGGGAGUCAUCUGUCUGUCCUUCCCUCUGCACCCCCCAGGACACUCUCCUGCCCAUCGACAACGGAGUGCAGAUCUCAGGGGGCUUCCUGCAAACACAUCUGUCCUCUUCGUGUCGGGCACAGAGGACAACAUGUGCGACAGGGUUCUUUUUGACGGCACGGUGAAGGCCAUGAAGGCUCAAGCGGAGGUUUUCUGGCUGGAUGGAGGAAGCCACGGCCUGAAGAUGUCAGGGCGGUCGGAGGAGUCCGUCUUACAGGAGGUCAACUCUCACGUCCUCACCUGGCUGAGUAAAUGGGAAGUUUGAUUUUGCCGGGUCAUGUAAUAAAUGUAGGGAUCAAUCAAUCAAUCAAUCAAUAUUUAUUCAUAUAGUCCUAAAUCACGAGUGUCUCAAAGGGCUGCACAAGCCACAACGGCUCAGAUGCCACAUCAGGGCAAGAAAAAAAAACUCAACCCAAUGGGAUACAAUGAGAAACCUUGGAGGGGACUCAGAAAUAUGAUAUCUAAAAAAAAAAAGAUACAACAACUUGAAGACAGUUGUCAUAAUCAGCUCGUUUUUAAAUUGGUUUUGUUAUUGACAUGCUACUGAUUAGCUUUAGCGAAUUCACAUGGCAACUUCAACACCUCCAAAUUUGUUAGGAAAAACGACAACUAAGAUGCACGGUACAAUCAAACAGCUGGUGCGUAAUAAGUCAUACUUGCCAACC